GAUUCAUAGUUGGAGUGCUAGUUCUAAUUACAGUAAUGGUGAUCCUUUAGUAGGUGUCAGGGACAUUCGGAAUUUUAUCUCUGAUGACACCUUUUUAGUUAGAGAUAGUAAUAGGGAUAUUUAUUCCAUAUAUUUUGAUAUUCAAAAUCAAAUUUUUGAGAUUGACAAUGAUCCUUCUUUACUGAGUGAACUAGAAAGUUCUUUUUUUAGUUUUCGUAAUUAUAGUUAUCUGAAGAAUGCAUCUAAGAAUAAUGAUUCCCACUAUGAUCGUUACAUGUAUGAUACUAAAUAUAGUUGGAAUAAUCACAUUAAUAGUUGCAUUGACUCUUAUCUUCGUUCUCAAAUCUGUAUUGAGAGUUCCAUUUUAAGUGGUAGUCACAAUUACAGUGACAGUUACAUUUAUAAUUACAUUUGUGGUGAAAGUGGAAAUAGUAAUGAAAAGAGGAGCUCCAAUAUAAGAACUGUCAGGAAUACUAUUGAUUUCAAUAUAAGAGAAAAUUCGACUAAUUUCGAUUUGAUUCAAAAAUAUAGGCAUUUGUGGGUUCAAUGCGAAAAUUGUUAUGGAUUAAAUUAUAAGAAAUUUUUUAAGUCAAAAAUGAAUAUUUGUGAACAAUGUGGAUAUCAUUUGAAAAUGAGUAGUUCAGAUCGAAUCGAACUUUCGAUUGAUCCAGGUACUUGGGAUCCUAUGGAUGAAGACAUGGUUUCUCUGGAUCCUAUUGAAUUUCAUUCGGAAGAAGAACCUUAUAAAGAUCGUAUUGAUUCUUAUCAAAGAAACACGGGAUUAACCGAAGCUGUUCAAACAGGUACAGGUCGACUAAAUGGUAUUCCCAUAGCAAUUGGAGUUAUGGAUUUUCAGUUUAUGGGGGGUAGUAUGGGAUCCGUAGUAGGCGAGAAAAUCACCCGCUUGAUCGAGUAUGCUACCAAUCAAUUUUUACCUCUUAUUCUAGUGUGUGCUUCCGGAGGAGCACGUAUGCAAGAAGGAAGUUUGAGCUUGAUGCAAAUGGCUAAAAUAUCUGCUGCUUUAUAUGAUUAUCAAUCAAAUAAAAAGUUAUUCUAUGUAUCUAUCCUUACAUCUCCUACUACUGGUGGGGUGACGGCUAGUUUUGGGAUGUUGGGGGAUAUCAUUAUUGCCGAACCUAAUGCCUACAUUGCAUUCGCUGGUAAAAGAGUAAUUGAACAAACAUUGAAUAAGACAGUACCUGAAGGUUCACAAGCGGCUGAAUAUUUAUUCCAUAAGGGCUUAUUCGAUCCAAUCGUACCACGUAAUCCUUUAAAGGGUGUUUUGAGUGAGUUAUUGAAGCUUCACGCUUUUUUUCCUUUGAAUUCAAAUUCCAUUAAGUAGUAAGUAGCGCCUUAAGUUCAAUUAUUUUGUUUGGAGUGAACAAAUAGUUAGUUUAUCGGAAUCAAAGUCAAAAUCCGAAGAAUGUAUUUUUUCUUUGGUGACAUAAGAUUUAAUUGUAAAUUGUAUAAAAUAAAGAAUCAUGUGGACAAUUCUUUUUUUUAUACCGAUAUUACUGAUUAGUAAUCAGGAAACCUCUAUCAACAAGAUAAAAAAAAAAGAAAAUUCUGCCUUAUGCGAAAUUCAAAUUAGGCAAAUAAACCGAAUUUUCUUUUUCCUUUUUGCUGUGUAUGUAUAUAUAAUUCAAAUAUAGAAAAUAUAGCUAUAGAGUAUCCUUUCUCUCGAGAAAUCUCUAGUUUGGUUAAGAAUUCCUCUUGUUGGAUCGAAUUCUAAUGAAUCUUUCGAGAAUUUCUAAUGAAAUAAAAAUGAAAUAAAAAUUGGAAUUCAAAUGAUAAGACAAGAAUGGAUUUUAUCAUACAUAUAUUUUUCUAUUUCAUGUAGAAAGAUGAAUAAGUCUUAUUUAUUUAAUUAUACAUUCUUUAAUUAGACAUUCCUUGCAUUUCUUUAUUAUAUAUAUACUCACUUAGAUAUACUUAGUAUAAUUAUAUACGAAUUAUAAUUAUUAUAAGAUAUCUUUAUAACAGGUACAAAUAUUACACCGAGGUACCCAUUCUAUGACAAACUUACCCUCUAUUUUUGUGCCUUUAGUAGGCCUAGUAUUUCCGGCAAUUGCAAUGGCUUCUUUAUUUCUUCAUGUUCAAAAAAACAAGAUUGUUUAGAUCCGAUGGGUCCCAAUCUCAUCUAUUUUUUUUAAGACUUAAAUAUAGAUAACACAGAUAUCUAUUUAAUAAAAUAUGGUGUAACAUACGGCUUCUUCCAAACAUAAAUGAGGGCGCUAUUAUGUAUGCGUAAUAAUAUGAUAUGGGUAAAUGAGUUAUGGCUAUAUUCAAAUAGAUCGGAAUCGAGGCGGAUAUCUGAAAUGUCAAGUCAAUGUAUCUAUAUGGAUGUAGAUAUCUAUGGGAGAUCAUAUAAAGUGAAUGUUAUUAUUUUAGUCCUAACCGAUUUGAUCAAUUACUCCUAAAGAGUUACAUCAGAAUGGCGCUAGUUGAUGAGAGUUACUUCGGAAAUAAAUAAAAAAAGGAAAGUAAAAUCCAUUUGGACUAUUUUCUCAAUUCCAAUAAAAUGCAACUGGAUCUAGUAUGAGUUGGCGAUCAGAACAUAUAUGGAUAGAACUUAUAGUGGGGUCUCGAAAAAUAAGUAAUUUCUGCUGGGCCUUUAUCCUUUUUUUAGGUUCAUUAGGAUUCGUAUUGGUUGGAACUUCCAGUUAUCUGGGUCAGAAUUUGAUAUCUUUAGUUGCGUCUCAGGAAAUCCAUUUUUUCCCACAGGGAAUCGUGAUGUCUUUCUACGGGAUCGCGGGUCUCUUUAUUAGUUCCUAUUUGUGGUGCACAAUUUCGUGGAAUGUGGGUAGUGGCUAUGAUCGAUUCGAUAGAAAAGAAGGAAUAGUGUGUAUUUUUCGUUGGGGAUUUCCUGGAAAAAAUCGUCGUAUCUUCCUACGAUUCCGUAUGAAAGAUAUUCAGUCCAUCAGAAUAGAAGUUAAAGAGGGGAUUUAUGCUCGUCGUAUCCUUUAUAUGGAAAUCAAAGGACAGGGGGCCAUUCCCUUGACGCGUAGUGAUGAGAAUUUGACUCCGCGAGAAAUUGAGCAAAAAGCUGCCGAAUUGGCCUAUUUCUUGCGCGUACCAAUUGAAGUAUUUUGAAAUGAACUUGAAUUGAAGAAUAAAUUCUUUCUCAGUGGGAGGGAAAAAAUUCAAGAAUUCUCUUUUCUUUCUAUAGCAUAGCUUAAGGUUUUUUUCAAAACGUUCAUUCAAGCUAAAGUAGACAUAUACGGAACGGCCAUAAAACGAAACUUUUUUGUCCGCAAAAAAUUGUUUUUUUAUGUGUAUGGAAAUCCACUCAACUCAAUUCAGUGAAAAACAAGUAACAAAUCGAAAUAAUGGAUUCAUCUCGUAUAUCAAAACAUUUCGGAAUAAAGAAUUUCUGUUUUUAUUUUCAAUAUGAAUUGAUACAUUAGAUACAGAUAGAUCAUAUCUUGUAAAUGAUCUCUCCUUUCGUUUGUGUUUCUUAAUGACCCCAUAUUGUAGGAUUGGAUCUCUUAUAACGAGAACUUUUCUGUCUUUGUCUUGUUUUUCCACUCAUUUUUGAUCAUGACAUCACAAUAUUCUUCAUAAAUAGAAAUCUCUCUCCAUUUUUACUGGAGGGGUAGCUGGCGAAUUUUUUUCGAAAUAUUUUCUAUUUUGAUAGAAGGGCUUUGGUUCGAAAUCCGAAUAAUAUUCAUUGAAGUGGUUCUUUCAGAGAUUCAUCGAAAUCGAAAGGACUUCGAAUUUUAUCAAUGGAGGUAUCUGAAAACAAGAUUUUUUUACUUAUUUCUUCAUUCGAAUUCGAAGGGGGCUCUUAUUCUAUUUCUGUAUUCUUUCUAGAUUCAAGGACUAACUGCUGAAUCACAAAUAAAAAUAAAAAACAAAUAAAAAAUAGGGAAUAGAUUCAUAGGUUAGCUGCUUUGUAAUAGAACUUAUGGUUGAUAGAAAAAUCAAAUAUUAGAUCACAUAAAUUCGACGAAUCAGGUGGGUUCAUUAACAAUUCCAAUUUACAGAUGAAAAAAUGGCAAAAAAAAAGAAAUUAUUUCUUCCUCUUCUAUAUCUUACAUCUAUAGUAUUUUUGCCCUGGUGGAUCUCUCUCUCAUUUAAUAAAAGUCUUGAAUCUUGGAUUACUAAUUGGUGGAAUACUAGGCAAUCUGAAACUUUUUUGACUGAUAUUCAAGAAAAGAGUAUUCUCGAAAAAUUCAUAGAAUUAGAAGAACUCUUACUCUUGGACGAAAUGAUAAAAGAAGACCCGGAAACAGAUCUACAAACGCUUCGUAUCGGAAUCCACAAAGAAACGAUUCAAUUGAUCAAUAUGCACAACGAGGAUCAUAUCCAUACGAUUUUGCACUUAUCGACAAAUAUAAUCUGUUUCAUUAUUUUCAGUGGUUAUUCUAUUCUGGGUAAUGAAGAACUUGUUAUUCUUAACUCUUGGGUUCAAGAAUUCCUAUAUAACUUAAGUGACACAAUAAAAGCUUUUUCUAUUCUUUUAUUAACUGAUUUAUGUAUCGGAUUCCAUUCACCCCAUGGUUGGGAACUUAUGAUUGGCUAUGUCUACAAAGAUUUUGGAUUUGCUCAUAACGACCAAAUUAUAUCUGGUCUUGUUUCCACUUUUCCAGUCAUUCUAGAUACAAUUUUUAAAUAUUGGAUCUUUCGUUAUUUAAAUCGUGUAUCUCCAUCACUUGUAGUGAUUUAUCAUUCAAUGAAUGACUGAUCCAACUAUAAUAUGUUAUAUAAGCAAAACAUUUAAAGACGUACUUACUCUUUCUACCGAGACGAGGAUUUCUCCUAUUCCUAUAUUCCAGUAAAAUUAUUUCAGUAAAUAGCAGAAUUGUGGCUAGGGACUAUACAAGCGACCUACCUAAUUUUAUUGUAGAAAUUUUCGGGAUCAAUGAUUGGACCAUGCAAAUUAAAAAUACCUUUUCUUGGAUAAAGAAAGAGAUUACUCGCUCUAUUUCCGUAUCGCUGAUGAUAUAUAUCAUAACUCGGACAUCCAUUUCAAAUGCAUAUCCUAUUUUUGCACAGCAGGGUUAUGAAAAUCCACGAGAAGCGACCGGACGGAUUGUAUGUGCCAAUUGCCAUUUAGCUAAUAAGCCCGUGGAAAUUGAGGUCCCACAAGCGGUACUUCCUGAUACUGUAUUUGAAGCAGUUGUUCGAAUUCCUUAUGAUAUGCAAGUGAAACAAGUUCUUGCUAAUGGUAAAAAGGGGGGUUUGAAUGUGGGGGCUGUUCUUAUUUUACCUGAGGGGUUUGAAUUAGCCCCCCCCGAUCGUAUUUCGCCCGAGAUGAAAGAAAAGAUAGGCAAUCUGUCUUUUCAGAACUAUCGCCCCACUAAAAAAAAUAUUCUUGUUAUAGGUCCUGUUCCUGGUCAGAAAUAUAGUGAAAUAACCUUUCCUAUUCUUUCUCCGGACCCCGCUACUAAUAAAGAUGUUCACUUUUUAAAAUAUCCCAUAUAUGUAGGCGGGAAUAGAGGAAGGGGCCAGAUUUAUCCUGACGGGAGCAAGAGUAACAAUACAGUUUAUAAUGCUACAGCGGCCGGUAUAGUAAGUAAAA